UUCCUCGACUCUCACAUCGGCAACCAUGGGGCUGGGCAUCCUAGAGGACAAGCAUCUCGACCAUGUACCAGGAACGUCGAUCUUCAGCGACGACCCCAAUGCUGCAGCGCAGGCUGCCUAUGAAGGGGUCGACUUGUCUUUACUGAAACAUGGUACAGGCCGAAACGCGCAUGUAGUACUGGUUCCUCAGCCUAGUGAUGACCCGAAUGACCCUCUAAACUGGCCCAAAUGGAAGAAACAUAUGGUAUUUUUUGUGCUCGUAUACGGAACCGUCAUAUGUGGUGCUCUCGGACCCCUGGUAUCUGCUGACUUAGUAAAUCUUGCGGCGGAGUUCCAUACUUCCUUGCAAGCCACGAGUCGCGCGCUUGGGUCUGCAUUGACUGCCGCGUUGGCGAUCGCUACUGUGAUAUGGUCGGCUUUAGCGGUGAAGAUCGGAAAGCGGCCUGUCUUCCUAGCCUCCACCCUGAUUAUGAUGGCUGGUGCGAUCAUGUCCGCCUAUGCACAUUCUUAUGGGACUCUUCUCGGAUCACGUAUCAUACAAGGCGUCGGCCAAUCAGUACUCGAGUUUCUCGUCGGAGCGUCGAUCAAUGACAUCUACUUUACCCACGAACGCGGUAUUCCUGUCGCUUUGUGGAAUUUGGCGUUGUUAGACGGUAUCAACAUCACGCCGCCUAUCGCGGGGGCUGUCAUCCAGAACUUGGGCUGGCGAUGGGCAUUCAAGAUUUUCGCUAUCGCAAACGGACUUCUAUUUCUUUUGCAGGCAAGUUGUCACGAGCAAUUUUUCUGCAUGCCCGAGACGACCUACUAUAGGUCCCAGGUGAUCCCGGCGAUCCAGAACGGUCAGGAUAUCAAGGACGAUUCCACCGUCGAAAAGCAGGAGCCGUCCGUAAAGCUCGAAUCCGCUGAAUUACCUGCACCCCCACGUAAAAAGUCGUAUGCGCAAGAGCUUUCAAUAUUCAGCGGCAUCUAUCCCACCAGAGUGUCGCUCCUGGCUCUGGUAUGGAGACCCAUAGAAUCCCUGGCCACGCCGAUCGUGCUAUGGGCAGGUUUAGUCUACGGAGUCGCUAUCACAUGGCUCGUCCUUCUGGCUACAAGCGUGUCGCAGUUAUUUUCAGCGCCCCCCUACAACUUCGACACGAGUCAAGUUGGCCUCACCUAUAUGGGCCCCUUCAUUGGAGCCAUGCUAGCGGCCGUAAUUUCGGGGCCCCUGUCUGAUUGGCUGGCCCGGCAUAUGAGUGCCUGGAAUAAGGGUACUUUCGAGCCCGAGUUCCGUCUACCUCUUGUCGCGUUCUACGCUAUCUUUGGCUCUAUGGCUUUCUUCGGUUGGGGUAUCUCUGCGAACAAGGAAGAUCCGUGGAUAGGUCCGGUGUUCUUCUUCGGCCUGGCGAACUUCGGCAUCACCUUGGGUGCCUCUGGUUCUAUUGCUUACGUUGUAGAUGCACACAGACGAAGCGCUGAGACCGCUAUGGGAGGUGUCAUCUUCUUCAAGAACGUGUUCUCCGUGAUCAUAACCUUGUUUAUCAAUGAUUGGUUUGUCGCAAGAGGCAUACUCAGUGUAUUCUGCACCGUGGGUGGGGUUACACUAUUCACCACCUUUUUGACUAUCCCGAUGUAUGUCUGUGGGAAACGGGCCCGGUCGUGGAUUCACCGCUGCGUGAAGUUGGACGCCGAUGAUUGACCGAUCAAACACCUACUGACUGCGUUGUAUGCGUGUGUAUGAUCAAAUGCGUACGUUCAAC